GGGGCACGCUGAUUCUGGAGGAGAUGGCCCCUGCGCUUGAGAUCGAACCUUAUUUCAGCCCGCGUAUAAAGCCUCUAGCCCAACUUCGGAUCUCCUGUUCCCCCAAAUCCACCCUUGCCCCUCUGCCCUCCUGUCACUCCCCCGUGACCGUCACGCGUUCCCCGCCCCCAGACCAUGACCGACGCGCUCCUCGCGAACGGCAUCAACGGACACGCAGCCUCCCCGGACUCCGUCGCAGCGGACUCGCCUGCAACCCCCGUCGACAACUCUACUUCUCCCGACAUCAAGAUCGAUGUCGACUACGUCGAGCGUGAGUCUGACGCGCGCAACGAGCCCAUCGCGAUGAAGGUCGACGCGCUCGAGGACGUUUCUGUGCUCCCACAGGCGGGCAGUCCGCCAGACCCAGCCACCAUACCAGUCGAGCCUCCCCACGGGACCCCUCCACCCCCGCCUGGGGAGCUCCUCGAAGAUGUCCGUAUGGCAGAAGGACAGCCAACAGAGAAUGGCGACGUGCACAUGACAAACGGCGACGCAAAGUCGCCGCAAGUCAACGGACUCUCUAACGGACACGAACCUGCUGCCGCAAACGUUUCUACUUCAUUACCCGCUGUAUCCUCCUCCGAGACCGCUGUCCACUCGCUCGCUGCUGCGUCGUCUCCUUACCCUAAUAAUACAACUAGUGAACCCGAUGAUGAUAAGCCCCCGCCGGCUAAGAGAGCACGGAAACACUCGGACGCUGAGAGAGCAUCACUCGCCAAUACGGGUACUCCACCUCCAGCGUCGGUGUCCCCCGAGACCAAGGCGACCCCUCUUCCGUCCUCGACGCCCGCCCCUCCACCUAGUGCGCCUCCCGUGCCCACGCUCAGCCUUGCGCAAUGGCGAUUCUCUACAUCAACCGUCCGCACGCUCAAGAAGAUGAAGGAUGCAAGUCCUUUCCUGCACCCCGUCGAUCCGGUCGCCCUCAACAUCCCGCACUACCCAUCCAUCGUGAAGCAUCCAAUCGAUUUCUCUACGGUGGACCGGAAGCUGGCAGCCUCUAACCCAUCGAAACCCGAUCCCAACCCAGCCAAUCCCCGUUACUAUAACACCGAAGACUUCAUCGCCGACGUGCGAUUGAUCUUCAGCAACACUACGCUGUUUAAUGGCCCCGACCAUCCGAUUACUGCGAUGGGUAAGCGUGUAGAGGCGGUGUUUGACAAGCAGAUCAAGCAGAUGCCUCCUGAAGAGCCCAAACCGGUUGUCAAGAAGGUUGCCACUCCUCCUCCCCCUCCUCCACCCGCAAAGAAGCAUGCCGCUGCUCGGCGACCUUCCACUUCUGUCCCUGUGAUUCGCCGGACGGAGGAAACCACAACCAACGGCGGCCGACCCAAACGGGAGAUCCACCCACCUCCUCCGAAAGAUCUUCCUUACAACGACGUGCCCAAGAAGACGAGGAAGUCGACAUCAGGGAUGAACGAUUUGUACCGUGACCAGUUCAAGCACUGCGAGAAGGUGCUGAAGGAGCUCAACAAGAAGAGCUUGUACAACAUCGCACACCCGUUCUACGAGCCCGUCGAUUGGCUGAAGUUGGAGAUCCCUCAGUACCCGAAGAUCGUCAAGAAGCCCAUGGACCUGGCGACGAUGAAGCGGAAACUGACCGAUUCCGAGUACACCACGCCCGACAAGUUCCGUGACGACUUCAAACUCAUGAUCAAGAACGCACAGACGUUUAAUCCGCCAAAGAAUCCUGUUCAUGAGGCGGCCAAGGACCUUGAUCGCAUCUUCGACGCGAAGUGGGCGGAGUUACCGCCUAUUCGCUCACACGAUCCUUCGGACGAUGAGGAUGAUGAGGACGAGCCUAGCGAGGAUGAGCGUGCGCGCAUGAUCGCCGACAUGGAGAGUCAGAUCGAGAGCAUGAGGAACAACCUCGAGUCCAUGAAGAAGACUAAGCAGCCCAAGAAGGAGAAGAAGGAGAAGAAAGAGAAGAAGAAAGCUCCACCUCCGGUCGCUAGCACUUCUAAGGCGCCGCCUAAGCAGGCAAAGACACCGACAACGUCGAAGAAGAAGACGGCGAAGAGGCCGGUUCUCGACGACGACGUGCUCUCCUUCGAGCAGAAGAAGGACCUCAGCGAUACGAUCGGGAAGCUCGACGGCGCGAAGCUGGAAAAGGUCAUCCAAAUCAUCCAUGAGGGCGUACCCGAGAUCCGCGACAGCACUGAGGAGAUCGAGCUUGAGAUCGACGAGCUGCCAGCCGCGGUCUUGACGAAGCUAUACAACUUUGUAAUUCGACCGAUGAAAGCCCAGCCUAAGCGUACUGGCAAGGGCAAGGGUACGGGCACUGGUGGUCUCAAGCGGAAGAGCAUGGAUGAGGACGUGGAAGCGGCGAAGAUCCGAGCGCUGGAGGAGAGGAUGAAACUCUUCGAGGGACGAGGGUCUGCCGGUCCCGUUAGCGACGCCCCGCCAGUUGACGACAGCGAGCAUUCUUCUGCAGAGUCGAGUUCGGAGAGUUCUGCGAGUGAUUCAGAGUGACGGGGACCUCGGACUGUAUCUAACUUUCGUCGUUCGUUCUGCGCUCGUCCUCUUCUUGUGGUCUACGACGACUGUCGUUGGUCUCUUGGGCUCACCGGUACCGUAGUGUUUAUUUUCAUCAGCAGCGUACAUACAAAAUUACGAGCACUCCCA